AGUAUCACUGAUGAGAGAAUCAUAGACAUGGUAUCCGUAUCAGUAUCACCUCUUUGCUCUUCCACUUCCAGAACCUCCUUUUCUUUCUCCUCGGUGUUGCGAUCCUAUACAGUACGGUGUAGAUUACCAAUCGUAGGCGCAAUUUGUGUUCUUACUUUCGGUCUCUCCAAUUUCUACCCUUCUCUCUCUUCUCCUCUCAAAACAAGUUUCGCUCACUCUCUCUCCUCCUCUCCUCUCCUUCGAUCAAAGGAGCAGUCACGAAGCUUUUAUUCGACAACAAUGGCGGCAAGCAGUGCUACUGUGCCAAGCAUUGUUGUUUAUGUUACUGUUCCUAACAAAGAAGCAGGAAAGAAGCUGGCAGAAAGCAUAGUUAAAGAGAGACUUGCAGCAUGUGUUAAUCGUGUACCAGGCGUUGAGUCUGUUUAUGAGUGGAAGGGAGAGAUACAGACUGAUUCAGAGGAGCUACUCAUAAUUAAGACCAGAGAAUCCCUCUUAGGUGCUCUGACAGAGCAUGUUAAGGCGAACCAUGAGUACGAGGUACCUGAAGUGAUAGCAAUGCCUAUUGUAGGUGGAAAUGCCCCUUAUCUUGAGUGGCUCAAAAACAGCACGAGGGACUGAAUCUUAGUAUCAGUGCUGAAUCUAUAGUCUAUAGCUUAGUUAUGGAUCUUUUACUAGUUCAUUGAAAAGUUUCCUGUUGGCUUCUUCAUCUCACUUGCUCAGCUUUUGUGUGUUCACUUCGUGUGAUAAGAGAUCUAUUUUCUUCUGUAAUGUAUAAGAAUUUGGAAGCAAUUGUUUGGCAACCAGGAGUAGAUAUUACCUGUUUUCUGAUGA